AUGAGAGAAAUGGUGGUAUACGGAGUUGCUAUAGGCCAACUUUUAAUGUUUAACAAAUGGGAAAUCUAUCAUGCCUUCCCCAAUGCAAAUGCCGGCCAGACGGACACGGGUCAGUAUUGCAUGUGCCAAGAUGGAUAUGUAGGUGCCACAUGUAACGAUGAUUUUGAUGAAUGCAGCCUUGGAAACCCUUGUAUGCAUCGUGGUAAUUGUAGUAACACAAUUGGAAGCUAUAGAUGCAGCUGUCUACACGGAUGGUUUGGCAACAUUCACUGCGAUAUAAAAGACAAUUCUACAACUGUUCGAGAUUGCACGCCUGGAUGGAUGGGGGAAUGGUGUCAAGAUCAGUGUCUAAACAAUUCAAUGUGUCGACCUACAGAAGUGUGCAAAAAGCGAGGGAGAGGACUUCGCUGUUUAUGUGCACCCGGAUGGAGUAGCCGGAAUUGUUCUGUUGACAUCGACGAAUGCACGCAAAAUCCAUGCUCGAAUAAUAUGCUGUGUACAAAUACGCCUGGUUCCUAUCUGUGCAGUUGUUUAUCAGGAUUGACAGGGUCAAAGUGUGAUACUGAUAUUGACGAGUGCACGAGAAACCUGUGCGAACAUUCCUCAACAUGCGUGAAUGCGCAUGCGUCAUAUAAAUGCGCAUGCCCAAACGGUUGGCAAGGAACUAAUUGUGAAAAUGAUAUCAAUGAAUGCGAAAAUAAUCCAUGCAAUUCAACAUAUGUAUGUGAAAAUAAUCCCGGAUCAUUUUCAUGUUCAAUAAAGCAAAAUAGUGCGUCAGGUAAAGACACUACAAAAAUGCAUAUCAUCAUCGGAGCCGUGCUUGGUUCGAUACUAAUGCUGUGCAGCAUUGUAACAUGGAUUGGAAUUCUAAAAUACAGAUGGAGUUCAAGCCGAGAUAAAAGACUCAUUCGACAUGAUCAAAAUGUGCCUAAAGAGAAAACCAACAAUAAAGACAACGAGGAAAAACAACGUUCGACGAAACAACAACCAAUGCAUCAACAUUUUAUCAACAAGAAAUGGGUCCAUUAGUUAAAACGAUUGCAAGCUUUAUAGUUCUUAGAUUUUCGGAAUCAUUAUUUUCAAUACUUCAUAUGCAUAGGAAUAAAUAGUGCUUAAAACGGUGCUAUUGGGCGUGAGACAUAUUCCACUUUCCAUUAUCCCCUAUAAAAUCGACUCUGUGAUUUUAAGCUACUUAAUUUCGAUUUCAUGGGAUAUCUUUAUUUCCCAGAAUAAUAGUAAGCGCCGAUGCUUAGUUCAAGAUGCUUAGUACAAAGUUCAACAAAAACUUUUAAAGCCGAAGCAUGCAAAUAUUUUAUGAACUUUGAAAUAAACGGUAUUUGCAUUGUUUAAUUAUAUGUAAUGUGCUGUGAAUAAACGUCUCGAUUAUCCAAUGAAAAUCGUCAUUUCAAACGUCCACUAAAAUGAAUGCAAAACAACCACGUACAUUACAUCAGGGUCUUUCAAUUAAAUUUUAAAAACCCUUAUUACAUACAUGUCACGACGUUAACGCUAUUGUGUUCACAAUAUAUUAAAUACUUUCUUAAUUUAUAAGUUUUACAUCGACAAUGUUAAAAGUGUUUAAAACUUUAUAUCUUCUACAUGAAGUUCACACAAAAAAUAUUUCCUUACAGUUUGAACUGUGUUAUAUGUACAAACUCUUUAUGUACGAUCUCCUUGUUACUUUUAUAAAUAAUUUCAUGUGUACCAUGUGAUCAUUUUAUCUCUUCUUGUUUAAACUGUUUCAUGACGCAUACGUUAAAUAAAAAAAAAACUUUAACAGUGACUUGUUUUAAUAUUAAGUAUUGCUUGGGGACAACAUUUCUAAAUGUUAGCUUAUCAUUGCAGUAUGCAAAUACUUAUUAAA